AUGUCUGACUGUCAGUCAUCACCCACCGAACACACUACCAUCUUAGGUGUCAACAAGAAGCUCAAUGACAGCCUUGCAGCCAUCAACAACCGCAUCCAACUUUUGGAGAAUAAACUCGAGGCUUCCAUUGAGAAAAGUAAUCAACGUUUCAAUAGAGCUGAGAAGUAA